GCCCCCGGGUUUUAUCAGCGUCGUUCGCGCCGCCACGGCGGCCUCGUUGGUUCCCCGUCCCCAGUCCACCCGUCCUCGUCCUCCCCGUGCGCGUGCGGGGGGGCAGCGGCGGCGAUUCCCGCGAUCCGGCCCCCGGAGGUCCAAAUUGGAUAUAUUGAUGCUGUAUUGUGACAGGCGGCGCCCUUGCUUGGCGGCAUUUGUGUCUUGUUCAUCUUUAGGACUUCUGUACAGCUUUUAGCCUUCUGCUUGGAGAGGAGAAUCUAGCAACAAUGUCUUCUCUUCAGUUGUUGAAACUAACAGAGCAAGGCCGGAACCUUUUGUCUUCAAGAAGGAAAACACUUGUAAUUGUUUCUGGUGCACUACUUGCCGGUGGAACUUUAACAUAUGCCCAGUCAUGUCGACGGAAGAAAUACCGGGAAGAAAAUUCUCGUGGUGACGCAAGUACACAUACCAGGAAUAAAGAGAGCAAUGGUCAAAAUGGUGUUGAUGGCAAAUUGGUAAAACCAAGGAAGAAGAAAAAUCUAUUGAAAUCCUUACAUUUUCUGGCUGCUAUUUUACUUAAGAAGAUUGGCCCGAGCGGAACAAAUUACCUUCUUGGCUUGAUGUUAACAGCAGUGAUACGUACAGCCAUCGGCCACAGAUUAGCAAAAGUUCAAGGGUAUUUGUUCAGAUCUGCGUUUCUUCGGCGUGUUCCGACCUUCAUGCGCCUAAUUAUUGAAAAUCUUCUUUUAUGCUUCCUUCAGUCCACAGUAUAUCAGACCUCAAAGUACUUGACAGGAUCUUUAGGCUUGCGCUUCAAGAAAAUUUUGACAGAUCUCAUCCAUGCUGAUUACUUUGAGAAUAUGGUUUACUACAAGAUCUCACAUGUAGAUCAUCGGAUCUCAAACCCAGAGCAAAGGAUUGCUAGUGAUAUUCCAAAGUUCUGCUCAGAACUAAGUGAACUCGUACAGGAUGAUCUGAUUGCAGUUGCAGAUGGGUUAAUAUACAUCUGGCGCCUCUGCUCUUAUGCAAGUCCAAAAUAUGUCCUCUGGAUUCUGGCGUAUGUACUUGGUGCUGGUGGUACAAUUAGAAAAUUUUCUCCUUCUUUUGGAAAGUUGAAAUCCACAGAACAACAGUUAGAAGGAGAGUAUCGGCAGGUUCAUUCACGAUUGAGAACCCAUGCCGAGAGUGUGGCAUUUUAUGGUGGUGAGAACAGAGAAGCAUCACACAUCAUGCAGCGGUUCCAGGCUCUUGUGCGGCACUUGAAUGUUGUUCUUCAUGAGAACUGGUGGUUUGGCAUGAUUCAAGAUUUUCUUCUGAAGUAUCUUGGUGCCACUGUGGGAGUCAUCUUGAUUGUUGAACCUUUCUUUGCGGGAAAUCUUAAACCGGAUACAUCUACUUUAGGACGGGCAGAGAUGUUGAGCAAUCUUCGAUAUCACACAAGUGUGAUAAUAUCAUUAUUUCAGUCUCUUGGUACCCUUUCUAUCAGUUCAAGGCGUUUAAAUCUUCUCAGUGGCUAUGCAGACCGUAUCCAUGAGUUACUGGAAGUUUCACGUGAUCUAUCUGGGGUUCGUGAUAGAUCAAUUAGUCAAAAUUCUUCUGUCAGAAACUAUAUUAGUGAGGCAAACUAUAUUGAAUUUUCAGGUGUUAAGGUGGUUACACCCUCUGGGAAUGUCUUGGUUGAUGAUUUAACUCUUCGGGUUGAAUCGGGUUCUAAUCUUUUGAUCACUGGCCCCAACGGUAGUGGAAAAAGUUCCCUUUUCCGCGUUCUUGGGGGUCUGUGGCCACUUGUGUCUGGCCACAUUGUCAAACCUGGUGUUGGUUCUAAUCUUAACAAGGAAAUCUUCUACGUCCCACAGCGACCAUAUACGGCUGUCGGAACACUUCGCGACCAGCUAAUCUAUCCACUUACGGCAGAUCAGGAAACUGAACCACUAAGUUACAGUGGUAUGGUGGAUCUUCUAAAGAAUGUUGAUCUAGAAUACUUGCUAGAACGCUACCCUCUCGAUAAGGAAGUUAACUGGGGUGAUGAAUUGUCUCUUGGUGAGCAACAAAGAUUGGGAAUGGCCAGAUUGUUCUACCAUAAGCCAAAGUUUGCCAUCCUGGAUGAGUGUACUAGUGCUGUGACAACUGAUAUGGAAGAACGUUUCUGCAAUAGGGUUCGAGCAAUGGGCACAUCGUGCAUAACAAUAUCUCAUCGUCCAGCAUUAGUUGCAUUUCAUGAUAUUGUUUUGUCCUUGGAUGGUGAAGGAGGGUGGAAAGUUCAAGAUAACAGAAAUGGCUCCUUCCUUCCUACUGAAUCAGAGUUUGAUGUAUUGAAGUCAUCAGAAACUGAUCGUAAAUCUGAUGCACUUGCUGUUCAAAGGGCUUUUAGGGCCAAUACAAAGGACAAUGCUUUUUCCGGUUCGAAGGAACAUUCUUAUUCAACACAGGUCAUAGCUACUUCCCCCAAUAUGGAAAUAGAACCCACAGAACAACCGCGUCUGAUCCCACAGUUACAGUGCUCACCAAGACCUUUGCCUGUCAGAGCAGCUGCUAUGUCUAAAAUAUUGGUUCCUAAAAUAAUUGAUAAGCAAGGGGGACAAUUGCUUGCAGUGGCACUACUUGUGCUUUCUCGAACUUGGAUAUCAGAUCGUAUAGCUUCGCUCAAUGGGACUAGUGUUAAGUAUGUCCUGGAGCAGGACAAGGCUGCCUUCCUUCGGUUGAUUGGAGUCAGUGUUAUGCAAAGUGCUGCAAAUUCAAUUGUAGCACCGUCAUUGAGAAACCUUACUUCAAGGAUAGCUCUUGGAUGGCGAAUUCGCAUGACCAACCAUCUACUUGCGUAUUACUUGAAAAGAAAUGCUUUUUACAAGGUAUUUAACAUGUCAGGCAUGAAUAUUGAUGCAGACCAAAGAAUAACACGUGACGUGGAGAAGUUGACCAAUGAUCUUGCCGGCUUAGUUACUGGAAUGGUGAAACCACUAGUUGACAUUCUCUGGUUUACAUGGAGAAUGAAGCUUUUGUCUGGGAGAAGAGGAGUUGCUAUUUUGUAUGCAUACAUGUUGCUAGGGCUUGGUUUUCUAAGAGCCGUUUCGCCUGACUUCGGUGAUCUUGCAAACCAAGAACAAGAACUUGAAGGUUCCUUCAGGUUCAUGCACUCAAGACUGCGGACACAUGCCGAGUCAAUUGCUUUCUUUGGUGGUGGGUCAAGGGAAAGAGCUAUGGUUGAAGCUAGAUUCACAACACUGCUUAACCACUCGAAGGUUCUUUUGAGAAAAAAAUGGCUUUAUGGCAUUUUUGAUGAUUUCGUGACGAAGCAGCUGCCUCACAAUGUGACAUGGGGACUGAGUAUGUUAUAUGCUUUGGAACACAAGGGGGACAGAGCUUUGACUUCAACUCAAGGAGAGUUAGCACAUGCGCUGCGGUUCUUGGCGUCUGUUGUGUCACAAAGCUUUAUAGCUUUUGGUGACAUUCUGGAGUUGCAUAAAAAAUUCCUUGAACUUUCUGGUGGUAUCAAUAGGAUCUUUGAACUCGAGGAGCUUCUACAUGCAUCCCAAAGCAAUGCUGCCAUGCCCUCGAAUGCUAGCAGUGUGGCAUCUGAAGAAAUUAUUUCAUUCCGGGAUGUGGAUAUUGUGACGCCAUCGCAAAAGCUAUUGGCUAGCCAAUUGUCUUGUGAUGUAUCUCAAGGAAAAAGUCUUCUUGUGACUGGUCCAAAUGGCAGUGGCAAAAGUUCCAUUUUUAGGGUGCUCCGAGGUUUGUGGCCCAUAGCUUCUGGAAGACUUGCCAUGCCUUCUGAAGGGAUAUUCCAUGUUUCUCAGCGUCCAUAUACUUGUCUUGGAACCUUGAGGGAUCAGAUCAUAUAUCCCCUCUCUCGCGAGGAGGCAGAGUUGAAGAUGGUUUCGUUGGUCAAAACAAGUGACAGGUUUACCACUUCCGGGUCGCUGGAUGAUCACCUAAAGACAAUUCUAGAGAAUGUUCGCUUGGUCUAUCUUCUCGAAAGAGAAGGUUGGGAUGCUACUCCUAAUUGGGAAGAUAUUUUAUCCUUGGGAGAACAGCAGAGACUGGGCAUGGCUCGCUUGUUCUUCCACUGCCCUAAAUUUGGUAUCCUUGAUGAGUGCACCAAUGCUACAAGUGUCGACGUCGAGGAGCAUUUGUACAGACUGGCGACUGACAUGGGUAUAACUGUGGUCACCUCCUCACAAAGGCCUGCUUUGAUACCCUUCCAUUCAUCAGAACUGAAACUCAUCGACGGCGAAGGGAAGUGGGAGCUAUGUGCAAUCAACCAGUAUCUCGGCUUGCUCGAUGCGUCGCCGCCGCGGAGUCUUCCUCCUUCCUUGCCGGCGCCGGCGACGAUGGAGCUCCUCGGCGGCGAUCUCCCCCUCGUUCGGCUCGUCCGGGAGAAGAGCAGCGAAGGCUUGGGCGCGACGAGCAUGGAGGCUGCUGCUUCCAUGAGAGAGGCGCAAGGGCAGCAGCAAGCAAUUUCUGUGGCCUUCCUUUUCUCCUUGUUGUCUGUCUUCAGUAUUCAUCAGAGGAUAAGGCGAAGAAGACGAGAAGAGCCGGGAAUGUUUUUUCUCUCCUGGGUUGGGCUGUUUCUUUCUACUGGGCCUCCAGUUGACGGGCUACAAAGCCCAGUUAUUAAGUCCAGUCAAAUGUGUAAAACCCUAUGGCCCAGAAAGAACAGACCGAGCAGAACUAUUCCCUUCUCCACGGCAGCCGCUGCCUGCUGCCUGCUGCUGCUGCUUCCCUCCUCCCCGCCGGCGGCGUCCCCUAUUCCCCUGUUCCUCGCAUCUCGCGGCGGCGCGGCGAUGCUACGGCUGCGCUCCUCCGCUCGCUUGCUCAGGAAGCUAUGCGAGGCCUCGUCGUCGCGGGGGGCGCACGGGCGGUCGCGCGAGGUGCAAGGGGCAACGCCGCCGGUGACGAGGUGGCUCUCCGGCGCCGCCGCCGCCGCGCGCUCGACCUCGCUGCUGCGGCCUCUGCCGGGGCUGGAGCUCCCGCCGAGCCUCCCCGACCAGCUCCACCGCCUCCCCACCCGCGUCACCACGCUCCCCAACGGCGUCCGCGUCGCCUCCGAGGACAUCCCGGGGCCGUCGGCGUGCGUGGGGGUGUUCGUGGCGUCCGGGUCGAUCCAUGAGGCGGGGGAGACGACCGGCGUGACGCACUUGCUGGAGAAGCUGGCGUUCAAGGACACGGCGCACCGGAGCCACCUGCAGAUCGUGCAGGAGGUGGAGGCCACAGGGGGCAACAUUGGCGCGUCCGCGUCGAGGGAGCAGAUGGUGUACAGCUACGACACACUCAAGGCCUACAUCCCGCAGGCCGUCGAGGUGCUCCUCGACUGUGUCCGCAACCCGCUCUUCCUCCAGGACGAAGUCGACCGGCAGCUGGCCCUUGCUCGAGAAGAAGUGCAGGAGGUGCAGAAGAACCCUGAGAAGCUUCUCCAGGAAGCACUUAACCUUGUUGGAUACAAGGGUGCUUUCGCAAACCCGCUAGUAGCUCCUGAGGAGGCUCUUGAGAGAAUCAAUGGCGAUAUUAUUCAAAAGUUCUAUCAUGAAAACUACACUGCUGAUCGUUUGGUUCUAGCAGCGUCAGGCGUUGAUCAUCAACACUUGUUAGACGUUGCAGAACCUUUGUUGUCUGAUUGGCACAAGGGGUCCCCUAUGGAGAGACCAAAAUCAACGUAUACAGGUGGUGAUUUCAGGCACACAGCAGAAUCAGAUAUGACACAUGUUGCAUUGGCUUUUGAAGUUCCAGGAGGCUGGCUUGAAGAGAGAAAUGCUACAAUUAUGACAGUCAUACAGACCUUGAUGGGUGGUGGUGGCUCAUUCUCCUCUGGUGGUCCUGGAAAAGGGAUGCAUUCACGGCUCUAUCUGCGAGUCCUAACUAAAUAUCACGCAGUCCAAGCAUUUUCAGCAUUUAGUAAUGUAUAUGACGACAGUGGCCUCUUUGGUAUCUACUUGACAACGCCACCAGAUUUUGUUGGAAAGGCCGUUGAGGUCGCAAUGCAGGAGUUGAUUGCUAUUGCAACGCCUGGAAAAGUUACGGAGGUUGAACUGACACGUGCGAAGAACUCAACGAUUUCAUCCGUGUUAAUGAAUCUUGAAUCCAGGGUAAUUGUGGCAGAAGACAUAGGGAGGCAGCUUUUGACUUAUGGUUGCAGAAAGCCUAUUGAUCAUUUUCUUCAAUGGAUGGAUGAAAUUACCCUAGACGAUGUUACAGCGUUUGCCCAGAAGAUGUUAUCUUCGCAACCCACAAUGGCUAGCUGGGGAGACGUUAAUGAAGUUCCUCCAUAUGAAUUCGUUAGCAAGCGGUUCCAAAUGUUCCGGUAGCACCCUGACACAAAGAACUCCGGUGGACACCAAGACGUGCCGCUCUCCUCAAUUUCAGUUGUCCCUGUAUUUAGGGCGCUGUGCUAGACUUCUUUCUUUUUUUAUUCCUUAGGUUAGAUUCUUAGCAGCUAAGUUCAAACAGCAUAUGCAAAUGAACUGUUCAAGGUAGACAGAAACACAAUUUUUCAAAUUUUAUAUGCAAAUUUUGCCUGCUGGUCCAGAUUUGUUGUU